UGCCACUAUAAAUGGCUGCUUUAAUCAACCUGGCCUACAGCCUCGAAUGAUUGUCAUUUAUAUAACGUGAGACAGGACGUUCUAUUCGUUGCCUGGGGUUCAUAUCAAGUGCUAUUCAUCAUGUUCGCCAACGGUUUUUGUCGAGGUGCCCACUUGCUCUACCUUGGUAUAGUGGCCACCGCAAGUGCUGACGCCAUAUCUAUACCGCCAACAACGGGUCACUAUCAUGUUGGUGUGCGGAAACUCGAGAUACCCUACAUUAACACAGGAGACCCUAUCGCCCCCAACAAUGUUACGACAUCUUUCUUGGCCACAGCCUUUUAUCCUACAUCGCAAAAAGGCAGCACUAAACAGAGCCCUUACUUGGAUCCCGCAACUGCAGCACUGUAUGAGGUCCUCAAGAAUCUCACAAUCGGUACCAUAGGCAAUUUGACAUCAGCUUUGGCGAGAGAUGCACCAGCAGUACAUGAUCUCACUGCUUUCCCAACACUGAUCUUCGGGCCGGGAGGCUGGGGGCCACCGACGGAAUUUUACACAAUCCUACUGUCGGACCUCGCUUCUCACGGCUACGCGGUCUUUGGCCUGGACCAUCCGUAUGAGCAGCCCUUCGUGCGCUACCCGAAUGGUACGGGGCUGUAUGGGCUGCCCCUCUCGUUUGACACGGGCGACGUCGAUUUCAUAAACACCCUUCAGACCAUUCGCGUGAAUGAGACGAUCGCUUUUAUCGACAGGCUGCCGCUCGUUGCAGAAUUGCUUGGCGCUCCGCUCAACCAGACACAUAUCGGUACACUUGGCCAUUCGGUAGGCGGCGCGGCGGCACUCGGCGCUGCCCUCAAGGACGAGCGCAUAUCGUCGGGCAUCAACAUGGACGGAGAAUUCUGGGGCGUUAACUUACCAUAUGCUGAUGUUGGACGUCCUGUUUUGCUUCUUGGACAGGAGGGGCACGCUUCUCCUAAUUCCAGUGAUACCACGUGGCAGACGUUUCCGGAAGCGCAGACAGGCUGGUGGAGGGUGCUAGGAGUCAACGGGUCGGGGCAUUGGGACUUCACCGACGCGACGUUUUGGAAAGAAGUGACGCCUUACACCAGUGCGUCGUUGGGCUCCGUCGAUGGGUUUCGGCAGGUGAAUAUCACAAGAACUUUUAUAAGGGAAUUCUUUGAUUUUACUUUAAAGGGAGAGUCACCAACUAUAUUUGCCGGGCCAUCGGGCGCUUGGCCGGAGGUCAGUUACGUUAAUGGACAGGAUGGGAAUGCUUGAAUAUUUAGCAUGCCAAUGUGAUUGAGUAUGGGCAUCAAGUCAUCAGCGAGCAAUAGACCACCGUUAAAGGUUGACGUUUGAGUAUUAGAUGAACCAGUGUGGCCCAGUGUGUAGCUGUAGUUGGAUCAUGUCGUAGCUGAGUUUGUUUUAAACGAUUUAGAGCUUGUGACGGCUUGGAAUGGAGUGUGACAAUUCUGAAGGG